UUAGCCUACUCCCAAAGGUUUUGUAACUCCAGUGCCUAGGGGCGGUACCAAAUAUUCCUGACGUAGUACUCAAAUUGCUGUCUGAUUGGUUGAUCUGGGUUUGGCGCGUUUAUUUGAAUAUACGGAAGCGGUAAGUUACACAACAUUUAAACAUUUGGCUGCGUGUGCUGAUUUAUUUUUUAAGGAAUAGCUAAAUCAUGAAAUUAGCGUGAACGUAAGCAUGUUUAAAGUAACUUUCUCGGAACGCUAUCAUUGACUUGUUCAGAAGCUCAUAUCAGAAAGUAAAGUUCUCUAACUAGCUAAGUCUAUGUUGUUACAAUGUGUCAACGGUUGGGAAAGUGCUACUUUAUAGGUAUCUAUUACAGCACCUGCUGCCAUCUGGCACUACGAAGAGAAAAGUGAAAGUAACUUUAAUUUUGUCUUUCCAUUAUAGUGAAUGAUAUGAAUGCCCUAUUGAUGUUAUGACAGUAAUGGUGACAUCUUCAGAAAGGAAUUUGAUUUUUUAUUUAACUAGGCAAGAAAGAUGUGGUUAUCGCCCUACUUGGCCAUUGAGAAGAAGGCUGGGUGCUCAAAAUCCAACGACAUCACAAAGUACUUCAGUAUAACCCCACAACCUCUUGGGAGGAAGAGCCUAAUUUCUGAGCAGGCGAAAGAGAAACCUAAGAUGGUGCCUUGUCAUAUUGGGGGGUCUUCUGAUGAGGUGCCUCUCUCUGUGUCACGGUCAACCAGUAGGCUGCACAGAUUCAAGCAGAACAGAUACCCCAAAGCAAGAACAAGCCUCAUCAAGGAAAGCUCCUGUUCAGACCCUCCUAAUAAUGUUAAAGUGAUUUCAGAGUCAAACUGCUCCAGUGCUGACACGGCAUUCAGGGGCAGGGCAGUGAUGGGGUCAGUGGACCUGGCUCAAGUCACUGGCCGAUGCCAUGGAGCAGGAGUUGGACUCGAAUCUGGUCAGAGUGAAAUAGCAUGUACCCUCACAAUUCAAGCAGCGGUGCAGUCUGCCUCCGGGACAACCAGGGUCUCAGAUGAGAAAGUGGCAACUAUUUUCACCAGGAAAUGGGACACUAAUAAGGCCAAUAGUCCCCAACACUCAGAGAGAUGGAUUUUGAAUUGGUGUUCCAGGUCAACACUUAAACACAAUCAGACUGAGAGGAAGGGGUCAAUUACUUCUGGCUGGAGAGAUAAGUUGUCAGGGUCUGCCCGCAAGGGGUCUCUUGAAGAGGUCAAAUUGUCUAACCCACUGUUCCCAGUGAGAAGAGUCUUCACUAUGCUGCUGAAGAAAUACAAACAUAAAAUUCUGGAGUCGGAAAGUCCCGAGACAGAGAUAGGCGCUACAUCUUCUAGCUCUGUAGGAAAGAGGAAACAUCAGAAUGAGAAGGAGGACCCUGAAACCGUACGCAAGCGCCAAAGGUCUAGCCCGGGGUUAGAGGAGACCAGCUUGACUGGGUAUAGUCCCUCUUUAGAAGACCAAGUCAGGGGGUCUCUUAUCGCCUCUUCCAGGGGUCAGCCUAGAAGAAGCAGGCUGAGCCGAACACAAAGACUCAGGCGGCAACAGCAGGAAAGUCAAGGUCUGGGGAUAGGUCAUAAACUGACCCCUAACCCACCAAACCAAGCAGAAUCUCCUCAGAAGGUUUAUCCUGCCCAACCACAGCAAUGCCUUAGGAGAGUUCACAACAUUGAGGAUUUGCUGUGGACAGAGAAGUACCGCCCUCAGCACUCCAGUGAGGUAAUAGGCAACUCCGCCUCUGUAAAGAAGCUACACAGUUGGUUAAAGAAUUGGAAACGGAGAGCUGACUGUGAAGAGAGGAGAAAAGAGCGAGGCAGGAAACUAGAGGAAAACGCCAACAGCAAUGACUCGUGGGACUGUGGUGACUUCCAGGGAGAGGCUAGAGUGGGGGAGGAAGAACUGUGUAGCACCAUACUGAUCACAGGACCUCCAGGGGUGGGCAAGACUGCCUCAGUAUACGCCUGCGCUCAGGAGCUAGGCUUCAAGGUGUUCGAAGUGAACGCCUCCUCCCAGCGCAGUGGUCGCCACAUCCUGACUCAACUGAAGGAGGCCACCCAAUCUCACCUGGUGGAGAUCCAGGGAAGCACCACCUUCAAACCAUCUCAUCUCAGUAGCUACAACAACACUUCAACCAAAUCUGACACAGUAGCUGGUAAAGUGGCCUCUCCCAGAAAGGUUUACUCAUCCUAUAGGAAGGGGCCUCAGCCCCCUCGUAGCUCCCACCAUAAGAGAGGUGGCAGUGCAGCCUCCAUGAUGCUGGCUAACUUCUUCAAGAAGAAGAGUGAACCAGAGAUCACAAACUUAGAUGGCCCUUCGUUAUCUACAAAACAGAAUGAGCACCUACCAAACAUUUUUGUCUCUCUCAAGACCGUGAAGAAGGCAGAUAUUAUUAACCCUCCGUUAGUCAGUCAACUGUCACCAGACAUUGAAGAGCCACCAACAGGUAGCCGGAGUAAAAGGAUGUCCACAUCACUCAUUCUAUUUGAAGAGGUUGACGUUGUAUUCGAUGAUGAUGUGGGAUUCCUCACAGCAAUCAAGACCUUCAUGACGACAACCAAGAGACCUGUGAUACUGACCACUAGUGAUCCCUCCUUCAAAGCAAAGUUUGACGGUGACUUUGAAGCGAUCCUUUUUAAAACCCCUUCAGUAGUGAAUGUUUGCAGUUAUCUGCAGCUGCUGUGUCUGGCUGAGAACGUCAGGAUGGAUGCUGGGGACAUCACCUCUCUGGUGAGCCUAAACCAGAUAGACAUUAGACGUAGCCUACUGCAGCUGCAGCUCUGGGCCUGCAGUGGAGGAGGACAAGCAUCUCAGAGGGCAACCCCACUGAAGGAACCUGCAGGUGGUGUGCAUGGAACUCUGGAUGUUGCUGCAGUGGAAGACAUUGCAGUGGGUGAAAAUACUUCUCCCCGCCAUCCUCCCUAUGAUGUGGGCUGCACUCAGAGCAUGCUGGGGCUCCUGAACUCUGGCCCCAGCCAUGACCUGCAGACCACUCUAAAGUGCCAGUCCUGGGCUAAACCAGACAUCAUCAAGCUGAUGGAGAUCCUUACUGAGAGCUGGAGGAGAGGUGUAGCUUUGCUCUACUUGAACCUGGAGCUCCUCCUUCCCCUACCAGUCAGGACCCAGCCCAGUCCUCUCCUCACCCCAAAGAAAGUGACUUGCCCUAGGCUUCAGAGUGAGCCAACACCCCCUGACAUCCACCACCCUCAGAUCCUGGAUCAGACCAGUCCAGUUAAGGUGUCCUUCGGCUCCAGGCUGAGGAGAAAGAAAUGUGUGCCUACAUCUGAUUCCAGAUCAGCUCACAGCAUGUUAGUAAAGCCUUACAGAGCCUCACUGUCUCUGAGGAGGGCUCAUCCAAGUGUAUCAACUAUUACUGAGACUAUUAAUGACAGACUUCAAACUGAGAAGGUGGCAGAUGGCUUGGUGUACCACUGCUUAGAUGCAAUAACUGACUUUAUGGACCUCAUGUCCUUCAUUGAUACCUCCAUACCGAGUGAGUCUUCACAUAAGGCUGGCCCAUGCAGACCAGGGUCUUUUCUCUGGACAGGGGCGGAGAUUAAGGAUGGACUGCUAGAUGAGAUGAGAGAGGAGGAUGGGGGCUGUAGGUGGUGGUGUGAGAGGACAUUGGAGAUCCAGGCUGCAGUAGAGGGCCUGGGCUUCCACAGGUGCCUGGCCAGGGUGUCUGAGGGGUGGGCUGGAUCCCAGAGGCUGGAGGGGGAGCAGAGGGGGAGGGUGAUUGAGAAACUCACCCUCCCUCUCGCCCCACCCAGACAAAGUUUCAAUGUCAGUCAGACCACUUCCUGUGAUCCUAGCGUGGUCGAAAGGAGAUAUGACAUCAUCAGAACCGUCCUCUCAAGCAGAGCCUUCUGCACCUUGGGAAACAAGCAGGCUGUUGCCUUGGACUACCUACCUGUCCUGCGCACCAUGUGCCAAUCAGAGAGAACUCAGCAGGGCCAAGGCAGCAGUAUUCACCUGGGCCUCCCUAAGGCUACUGUGAGACUCCUUGCAGAUGAUUUCCCAUGACAAUGACCAUUGAAGCCAGCAAGACUACACAAACAGAUCUACAACAUUUCUGGCUCUCUACACUGGAUGACAGGAAGGUUAAUGCUAUCAUCUCCCUAUGUUAAUGACUUGUGAUUUAGUGAAUGUAGCCCAUGAUACAUUUUGCUGUACGUUCAUAUUUUUUUUACAUUGAGUGAGAAGUUUAAGUUUAUUGUAUGCAUUAAAAAUGUAAUCCUAUUUUUAUUCAUGCAUAAAAAUAAAAACAUGUAUUUGUUACUUUA